AUGGGUUCUAACCAGAGCAGUGACAAGCUUUACUGUAAUCGUUAUCUCGAUGGACAGGGUCCUCCAUCGCUGGUUGAACAAGCUACAGGCAAAAAUGCAAAUGGGACGUUCGGUACACUAAGUGGGUGCCAACCAGAUGGUCAAAUGACCUGGGAAGUUAUCAACAGAGCCCUGGAUGAAUUUCCUGAUGAUAAUACCCUGAAGAUUAACUUCUCAUUCCUGGACGGAAAACAGACGGAGAUGCACCCUCACCCUGGCCGGAAUUAUGCUGGGGAAGUACUCUGUGCUUACCUGCCUGACAACCGUGAAGGCAAGAAGGUUCUUGCUCUGCUGGAAAAGGCAUUCAAUCAGAAGCUUCUGUUUAUAAUAGCCACAAAUGGAAAUGGAGAGGACGUGAUCACUACAAAUUCCAUUCCACUAAAAAUAUUUUCAGGAGGUGGAAACAUAUGGGAUAACCCAGAUGCUGACUACCUGAAGACUGUGAAAAAGCUACUGAACAAUAAUGGCAUUAAAUAACAUAAGACAUACUGGUUAAUAGAUGGAUAAAGCUACAUUUUUUCUUUUUCCUGUAGCAGAAGUAAGAAGAAAAGGUGGUUGCAGUUUAGGAUGAAAAGCAGAUCUUGUACUAAUGAAUAGUUUGGUGGUUUAGUCCUGUCUGCAUGCCAGUAAUAUUCGCCCACUAUGCAACCACCAAUUUAUGUGUAAUAGAUAAGUUAUGCGCAGAACUAUAUGUAAAAUUAAGCCCUGCUUAUGCCCCCUGGCUAUUAGUGUAAAGAUUUAAGUAG